GUAUUCUCCUGACGCGACUCUUGUGAACUAGAGAGAGAAAUCCUCACACGACAACACUUCGACAGCAUGGCAUACCCGCAAUUCUUCUUGCGCAUGCUGGGUAGCUUGCUGCUAUUUCUUGCCUGUGCCGAGGCUCUGAAAUUCGAUAUCGAGGCUUUCAAUUCGGGAGAUUCAAAGGGGAGGAGAUGUAUUAGGAAUUUCGUCGCGAAGGAUACGCUGGUGGUAGUUACAGCUACAGUGGAUGGGUAUAAAGGUGAUGGCAUGAUUGUCAAUAUGCAUAUCAAGGAUGCGGUUGGCAAUGAGUAUGGACGACCGAAGGAUGUGGUUGGAGAGCAAAGAAUGGCUUUUACAUCUCACGCUGAUGCGUCUUUCGAUGUCUGCUUCGAAAACGCUUUCUCCGGAAGUAAAGGAGUUAGCAACCCAUUCAGACACGUGGAGCUGGACAUCGACAUUGGCGCUGAUGCUAAGGAUUGGUCUGCCGUUCAAGCAACAGAGAAGCUGAAGCCCGUCGAGACCGAGUUACGGCGCAUGGAGGAAAUGGUCGCAGAGAUCGUUGCUGAGAUGGAUUACUUGAGGACUCGGGAACAGAAGCUUCGAGACACGAACGAGAGCACGAAUACUCGAGUGAAGUGGUUCGCGUUUGGAACAAUGGGUAUGCUGGUUGCAUUGGGAGCGUGGCAGGUCAUUUAUUUGAGGGCGUACUUCAGGUCAAAGCAUCUCAUCUAGAAAAGUUCCAAACGGCAGCGGGCGCACAAUUCUACGGCGAAAGGUCUAUGUGUUACUAGUUGGGCUGUGUAGAAAAUACGUAUAUAAUGACAACCUGGUGGGCAAGAGAUGUCCAACGGACUCUGCGAUGAUGUAAAGAUUUCGACCCAGAAGUGAUAUGCUGUGAAGGCGGUGGGAAUCUCUGGGUACCGCUGGGGUGAAGAGAAGAUGAGACGAUAGGACUGGCCUAAUAGCCCAAUAUCACAUUCUCAAAUGAAACAAUUUCGAUGCUUGCAUGGAGACUUGUCCCACGCUUAAGCACAGAUAUCGACGAUUCAUUGCUAAGUUCAGUCACAACUUCCAUUUCACAGGUUAGCCCGAUGGAAGACUAAUUGGAAAUGGAUGAAAUGAAUAGAGAAUUCACUUGAAAUGUUAC